AAAUUGCCGAUGUAAGGUUUUAUUUGCCUUUUACUGCAGGAGAUGAUACUUGCCAGCUCAGAGCAUUCACUACCCAAGGGCAAGAAGGAGAAGCUUUUUCUGUAUGAUAUUGUUGCAAAUGGUAGAAAUGGGAUCGACGUGGACAAGUUCGAUUACAUUGCGAGAGACUGCCGAGCUUGUGGUCUAGGAUGCAACUUUCAGUUUCAGAGGUUGAUGGAGUCAAUGCGGGUCUUGGGUGAUGAGAUUUGCUACCGCGCCAAGGAUUAUCUUACCAUCCACAAGAUUUUUGCAACUCGUGCUGAUCUCUACCGAACAGCCUACACACACCCAAAAGUAAAGGCAGUAGAGCUUAUGUUGGUAGAUGCUUUGGUGAAGGCAAAUGAUUAUCUACAUAUAUCAUCUUGCAUUCAUGAUCCUUGUGAAUAUUGGAAGUUAGACGACCCUACAAUAAAAACUAUUGAGACAGCUCCAGACUCAGAGCUUAAUGAAUCUAGGGAUUUGAUGCUGCGGAUCCGUAGGAGGAAUUUGUACCAGUUUUGCAAUGAAUAUGCUGUUCCAAAGGACAAAUUGGAGCACUUUAAGGACGUGACUGCACAAGAUAUUGCUUGUUCUCAGAAAAAUACUGGAGUAACCCUAAAAGAAGAGGAUAUCGCUGUAAGCAAUGUUAGGAUUGACUUGACACGUGGAAGGCAUAAUCCUCUCGAAAGCAUCAACUUUUUCAAGGAUUACGAGAGUGAGGAGAAAUUCACCAUACCAGAUGAUCGCAUUAGUCACUUGCUGCCAACAUCCUACCAGGACAUGAUCGUGAGAGUUUAUGCCAAAAAGCCUGAGCUGGUUGGAGCGAUUUCUGAUGCCUUCGAGAACUUUCAGUUGAAGACCUAUGGAAUCAAAGCGCAGGUACACUCGACACCGGAGAAAAAGAAGCAACGCAUAUCAUGAGGCCUCAAAGUGAGGAUGGUAACAUCUCUAUUCUAGCUUUUAGAGAAUCAUUUGAAGAAUGAAGAUAGGAUAUACAACAGAACAUCAAUUUCCAGACUGUACCUUUAAGGCUCGUCUUAGUAUAUGGUAAUACCAUGCAUCCUUCUCGUCUGUCUACUCCAUUUGCUUAGUCCAAUUCUUUGGAUCGAUAACUAGAAUGAAAAUGUACAGGUGGUCGUCCUCUCCCAAAAUCUGUCUGUCCUUACGGCCUCUACUUACGUUGAAAUAACCGUCUCUUCUCGUCUUCUAUUGGCCGAAACAUUGAUUAUAGUA